AUCGAAGCGUGCCUUGCGAAAUUUCCAAUUUUCUCACAAAAUAUUCAGAUUUUCUUAAACGAAUGAUGGCUGCUGAGUUUCCAGCUGAAGGUGAAAUUUUGCAUCAAAUGACCGGAGGGGAUCCAAGCAGCAGUCCGAUCAAGCGAAAAUCCCUUUCGGAAGAGCAACCUGCAGCUGUCGGGGAGUUUGGUUUCGAUUCGGUGACGUCAACCGAUGCCGGUUGCCAGAUAAAGUGUGCCAAUUGUGACCAAAUUUUCACGCCGGAACAGUUUGACGAGCAUGUUUGUGAGUACGACGAAAGCAAGAAACGGAUUGAGCCGGGGCAUAUCCUGGAAGGACACCCCUGUUUCCGGCAGCUGGAGGAGAACAUCGAACAGUGGAAGAAGCUUAUCAAGAAGAGUGUUGGGCGACCGGCUUCCAAUCCGGGUGGUACGGGUGAGCGUGACCGCCGGAAGAAGGGGAAAGAUGACCUCAGGGAACUGCAUCCCUGUAGCUAUUGCGAUAGGAGAUUUGUACAUGAGUCUGGGCUGUCGAAGCACUUGGGAAGAUGUCAUCCGGAUAAGUUGGAACCGGUAACCAAACAACCGAAGGUUCAGCACUCGAAAAAGGAACAGUCGGGCGAGCCAUUUAAGGUAUGUUUGAAAUGCACCAAAUGUGGGUUGAUAUUCAGCACCGUUGACAAACUGAUGGAACACAUGGACAAAGUCGAUUGGGAAGGUGAACUGGAAAAAUCCGAUGGUAUAUAUAUGCAGGAUGCCAAGCUUUGCUUGCGUAUGUCGAUCCGUGUCGUCAUCCUGACGACGAUUUUCCAAUGUGAGUUCUGUAGCAAGUUUUUUUCGGACCUUCCUUCGUUGUAUCAACAUGAAGCCAAACACGAUCCGACUUCCGGCUAUGAAUGUACUCUUUGCGAAAUCAAAAUACAUUCAGUAAAAGAUAUUAUCUUCCAUCGUCUGAACGAAUGUGUUUUCCGAGAAUCAUGGAACAAAGAGUUCAAAAGUCUUUCGACUUACUUUGCCUGUAACGUUUGCGAUGAACAGUUCGAAAGUUUACUGACUUUGUACGAGCACCGAUACGCCAACUUCCACCUCUUCCCUCGAAUGUCUCGAAUCGAUGAGACGGAAACGGUGCCGACCCUAAAGGUAGGCUGUGAACUUUGCUCAGUCAGUUUCGAUAACGCCGAAGCUGUCUUUUCCCAUCAUAAUGAUAUGCAUGUACCGAAAAAAUCAACCACCAUCGGAAUGCGCCGUCAAACGAACACCGACAAGUCCAAAAGCACUGCUUCAGACUCCCCUUGCUCGAGCACCCGGCCCUACCUGUGCGAAUUGUGCGGAAAAACGUACACCCAGUCGAGUCACCUGUGGCAACAUUUGCGCUUCCACAACGGAAUCCGCCCCUUUACCUGUCCGGAGGUCGGUUGUAAUCGCAGCUUUACCAUCCGACCGGAUUUAAAGGAUCACAUUCGCAAAUGUCACACCGGGGAGCGGCCUUAUCAUUGUACCCAGUGCGAUAAACGUUUCCUGACCGGGUCCGUUUACUAUCAACACCGGUUGAUUCACCGCGGGGAACGUCGCUACGGAUGCGACGAAUGCGGCAAACGGUUCUACAGAGCCGACGCUUUGAAGAACCAUCAGAGGAUUCACUCAGGUGAAAAGCCAUACGCUUGCAUGCACUGCCCCAAACAAUUCAGGCAGCGUGGCGAUCGCGAGAAGCAUAUUCGCGUCAAGCACUCGGUCGGAGAGUUUUCAUCGGUUCAGAUUGGGGGUGCCCUUUACGAGGGCACUCCGGUAUCGAGUCGGGCCAGAGGAAAACGUCAGUCAGGCACCGGCGGUCAGGCACGAGCCGUCACCAAACAACGUCAGCAUGUCACCGCAUUCGGAACAUCCAGACGGCGCCUUUCCGAAGAUAGCAUGCUUGCUAACGAUUCAUCGAUGGAUUUUGCCGAAGAGGGUGCCCUUCCGGCUAGUUUGUUUGAACCAAUUUUGCAUGACAUUGAGAUGCUUUAGUAUUAAGAUUUCAACUCAUCACAUUUUUAACUUUUUUUUUCUCAAUGUAUCAUUACGAGACAAACUUUUCUGAACUUUCUCCAUGAAUUCUUAUCCACCGUAGCAUUACUGCAUUGUCCAAACUUUACUCUAAUUCUAAUCUUGUAAUA